AUGAGUGGCAGUGGCUCUGGUUCUGGCCCGCUCCAGCCUACAUGGCAUGGUUUCAUCCAGAACAGCAUGGACGGACUCGUCCUCUUCGAAGCUUGUUUGAGUGGAAAGCUGCAUCACGUNCCUCGUCGUCCUCACGACCGUGAGCGAGCAAGCUUGAUCAAAAGUGGAAGCGUUUUCAUCUACGAAGAGAACGCGUCGGGCAUCAAGCGCUGGACAGACGGUGUCGCCUGGAGUCCCAGUCGCAUUCUAGGAAACUUCUUGAUCUAUCGCGAGCUCGAGAAGCCUUUCCCGCCCGGCGAGAAAAAGCGAGCAAUGAAACGCAAACGAUCCUCGCAAGAACCUGAAGGUCGUCGCGAAUCCGAGGAGAACGAAGUUGCUGAAUACAACAGACUGCCUCCAACACCUCCAUCGCCUGCGAAUCCCUCAGAAUCAAAAUCCACCGCACCGGGCGCAACUGACAGCGAGAAAGAGAUGGAGCGCCAGCUCAUCGGCUCUCUUGUCGAUAGCUAUGGCUUCAGACCAAAUGGUCUUGUCAAGAAGACUAUGAGCAUUUCAUUGAACGGCGUCUCACACCACCUGGUUAGCUACUACACCGUGGAAGAUGUCAAGCAACGAAAGCUUGGACGGCCUUUGAACGACUCGCGUCUUAACGGCAUAGCCAUCCGCCCUGAGCUUUACCUGAAGCAAAACUUCCGCGCACCUGUUGAGGAGCAAGACCAGUUUGCCGUCGACCACAGCGGACACGCCUAUCCCCAACUAGGCGGCUACCCACAUAUGGUAGCACCUUCUGGCUACAUGAUGCGCCAAAGCUACGUGGCACCUGGCUACCCACCCAUGUACGGUGCCGCACCAGUAUCCACUGGAGCAGGUGUUUAUACUAGCUUGCCAGCUACAGCGUCGGCACCUUCUUGGCCACAGUCGUACAGCGCAGCACCUUCGCAGCAGAGCUACAAUGGUUACUACAGCCGCACAGAUGCACCAACUCCCCAGACAUCAACUAACUCAUACACACCGAUGCCGCCAAUGCAAUCCCAAUAUCAGUCACCAAUGAGAACACCUGCUCAGAGCUAUGGCCCACCAAGCAGUAUGACCACAUCAUCUACUCCAGUGGCAACACAAUCGCAAUACCAACCAACGCAAACUGCCACAGCACCGCAAUACCAGCCAACAAGCUAUGGCGUUCAAACAAACUCCCACCAAAGUGCUUCGCCUCAACAGCAGAGCAUGAGAUCGCCUCCAGUAGGGCCACCGCCUCAGUCGAUGAACGCUUAUCCCUCGCGCUCCAAUCUUCCAAGCAAUCUCCCUAGCAUGUCAAGCUACAGACAAUACACGAGCCAGAGCGCUGGGCCGCAAAACGAAAUGCCCAGCAUUGGAAUGGCUUCUGGAUACGGCAGCAGCCAUUCCCAGCCUUCUAGUGCAAGCUAUGGUGCACCCAGCUACGGACCUCCAGGCAGCCUCAGCGCGCCCCAAAAUUACCGACACAGCAGUGACGCAGCGCCUCCGGUUCAGAGCACGCAAUACUACAACGAUGGAAAGCCUGCCGUGAGCAACUAUUCUUGA